ACAACUAUCCAUAUCGAUUGCUGGUAAAGUUCGCAUAUAUUCUCUACAUUGUCCGUUACCGAGUUUUCCAUAACAUUCUCCGUGUUUUUUAUAAUUGUCACUGCAGCAAUCUUGACUUUUCAAGUUACCUGUACUUGCCAAAUCGUGAAGUAGUAGCUCCGUCCAAGCUCCCAAAAGGGCCGUAACCGAUUCGUGCUGCACUGCUGGAUUAUUUUGCAACGUUGAAGCUAUUUCUAUCGGACUGGGAAGUGAAUGUGAUGUGACGCUUUGCUUGGGUUUGGAUUUAUCUGAAAAUAACAAUGAUAUAGUUCAAUUAGAAUAACUAUUAAUAAACAACAAUGCUAACUAGAUAAAUGGGAAUCUCGCACACCUAUUUUACAUGUAAUUAAAAAAUCGGAGUCCAGAUAAUCUAGGUGUUCAUUAGCCACGUUUGUCUGUCGAAUUUAGAUCUUGGUCUUGGUGAAAGUAUGCCGGACAAUUCGGAAGAGCAUCUGUCGUGGUUAUAUUGGUAAAAUAAAGUCAAUUCGACGAAUUUUCUUCAACUACUCCAAGUUUUUAAAUCGCCUAUAAAUCGAAUUGCGAAUCGAGCGUUCUCAGGGUGUGCUUGGGGAUCGAGCCUCAAACGUGUCGCAAAAACUUGGAAAUUAGGAUAAGAAUUUAGAAUCUAAUUAACGAGCAGAAGCGUGGAAAUUGAAAAUUUGUCAACAAAAUUAGAUAUGAGUAUCAAUUUUUCCACUGAACGCAGUCAAAUUCGGAUCCAAUGGGCAAGUAUGUUCAUAUAUUAUUAUUUAAAUAAAUAAACAAAUAUUGAGGUAAAAGUAGAGGUGGUAACUUUCUGUAUAUCGUAACCUUGAUACGCCAAUGGUACGAAUAUUAGUAGUCCGACACUCGCCUACAUAACUGUACCAUAUAAAAUUAUUUUCUGUCGUUUUAAAUGUUUUACGUAAAAAAGUCGGACGUCGAUUAUCAUCGGUACGAUCAAAAGACGUUCUGUUAGAUUAUUUUAUACAAUCGGAUAUGGUUUUUUCCCCAAACCGCAAUUCUUAUUUUUAUCGCAAUUUUACAUGUUUCAUCGAUAUUAUAACGACAGUUUAUGAUGUGAAACUCAACUCACUCAACACCAUGGCUUCUGUUGGUAACACCUCGAUCUAUAGAAUUGGUGUUUUCUUAUUAUUGUUAAACGUUCUACAUAACGUGCGUGCCAUCCCGCAUUUUUCUGCUAAUACGCAGGAUUUAGUUCAAAGAGAAGUGGAUAUAUCACAAGUACCAAUUUAUUUCGAGAAUUAUAUACAAUGUAGGUAUCAAAUAUGUGAAAACAGUGAGGAUUAUCCAGAAGAGGCUAUCACGAACGUUAUGAAAAAUACUGAAAAUAUACGAGAUUUCUUUGGGGUUGUUUUAAAUUCUUCAAUAUAUGACACUAAUAUUUUAGCAUCCAGAUUUGGUGAAGUAGGACCUAUAAAAAAAUUAUGUUAUACGGAAUAUAAUGGUACAUUUACUCCAAGAGUCCUUAGGAAUGCCCAAUUGGUGUGGAAAUAUAUAAUUAACAUAGAUGGGUAUUAUCAGCGAUUUAGUGCACAAAUUUGUAAAAAGUACCAAGGCUCUAAAAAAUCAGAUGAACCUUGCCCUCAAUUCGGUUAUGAAUGUCGACAGAGUUACACGGAAGUUCAUCUUCUUACUUAUGAAGAUGGCGUCGUAGAUUUUGACAAGUUCGUAAUACCAACAACAUGUAACUGCAUAUGUGAUUUAUAGACUGAAGUGUAUAUAUUAACGACUUUAUUGACUUAAAUACUAUUUUAAAAAUGUUUUCUCAUUUUAUAUACAAAUUUAUUAUUCAUAAUAAUAAAUAUUAUGCGAUUUUA